AUGAGUUCGAAAUCCAACCUCUGCAACAACUUCCCGGUGUUGCUUACUGUGUUACAAGAUUUCCCUCAUGCCAGGCCUGAAGGGAUUUUUUUUGGGUUUCUGAAUUGCGUGUUGCGGUUGGGACCAUUCAUUGCCAUGGCUUUCUCCGUCCUUGUCCCUUUGAUGGGUGCUGGCAAUGAGAAGGCUGAAAUGAUAGAGACUCACUUUUUGUUGCGGCUACUAACAUACUUCUGCAAACGUGGUUUGGAAUACGUCUUCUUCUGGUUGUGGGACUAUCCUAUACUUUCCUCAUUCCUGCUGUGUCCAUCGCUGUUUCCAAAAGGAUCAGUGUGUUUGAAGAUCCGCAUCAGUGGAUAUAUGCUAUGUUUCAUUGUCAUGGGGGAAGAAGAAGUGUUGGAGCUGGAAAACGACUCGUUUUUUAUUGGCAGAUUUGGAGAUAAAAGUAUUAGGAAAGCAAUCCCUAUUCCAGCAUCUGUUCCUGGUCGUGGUGUUGGCUGGCUGGUGUACUCUUUUGGAUGGGUUUUUUUGGCACUGGAGGAUCCACUGCAUCAGUGUUUGUGCUUCUGUGUCAGGAAAUUUGGAGCAUUUCUUGCUUUAGUGCCUUUUCCAAUUGUAGCAGCUAUUUACCGCAUUUCUUUACCUUCAUUUGAUUGUAAUGUUUCUCCUAUGAUCAGCAGGAUCCGCUGGCCUUGGUUUUCUUCAAUUCUGCAAUCUAAACAGUUACAGUUUUUGUCUUACACGUCUAUGAACUUGAAGCAAGAAUAUUCUUUGCGUAAGGAAUCUCUGUGGAACCUUGGUCAACUUAUUCUCGGACGUUAUGUGUUACCAGGCAACCCUGCUUGGGCUGUGCGGAUGUGA